CGCGGUACUACCGACCAACACCAAGUCGACGAAGCUCUGCGUGCGUUAGUGUAACACCGCCGUGGGCCCUGAGACGACGGCGACGCGGACGUCCAGAAGAUAUCGAGGCGUGCUGUGGAAAGCGUUUGUUACCAAGAUCUUUCGAUUUUUUUUCUAGUAAAUUUAGUGUUUUGACCGUUUGUGGUGGUUAUUAUUUGUGGAUAUAACAUUUAUUAGAAUUGAAAUGGAGUCGGUGAUUCGUGAAGGUGCAUUAAGAUUACAGACAGCUGAGACAACUUGCGAUGUUAUAUUAAAUUGCCAGGGCCACAGAUUAAUGGCCCACAAACUAAUCCUGUCUAUUGCUAGUCCCAUUUUACAAAAUUUAUUAAAAGAUGACACUUCCACGCCCUCCGUAGUUAUUUUGCCCGACAUAAACUCGAACAUAAUGUCCCUAAUAUUGGACUACAUCUACACAGGCAGCGUAAUAAUCUACCAAAAAAUCCUGCCAGAAUUCCUAGGUGUUUGCCAUUUACUAAAACUCCACUUGGACAGAGACUGUCUGGAAAAACACUUCAAAAAUUCAGUGGACGAAUUAAAUUAUCGCGAUGACUUCAAACUGUAUAAACCGGAGAAAAUGUUUAAGAAAAAAGAAGAGUUUUCUGAUAAUAUAGACGUGGUUUCGCCCGAAUUGCAUGAAAUAUACAGUAAAAAGAAUUUAAGAAAGUUGCCUAGUUUGUUACCUCUAAACGCGAUUAACCAAAGGGAAAAGUCAAGGAAGCUGUGUAACUAUGUUAUCCCAAGUCCAUGGUGUCCCAGAGUUGAAGCUGUUUUGGUUGAUCCCAGGACAGACUGUAUGCCAACAGAACGCCAGAUGUCGCCAAGGCAUCAAGAAAAGCUAGACGAAAACGAUACAAAUAACAAUUUUACCAGUUCUUUCCCACGAUACCAUAUACAAGAAACUAACUUAAAUGUUUUACCUCAUCAAGAAGCAAAUUAUUCUUUACCUCAACGAAAUAAUGUGUUUAAACCAAGCACUAUCAGUAGUUCCCGGUUGGGAUUAAACUUAAGCUACAAUAAAAUUGAAAGAAUAGCUUCGAAACUAGAAAAACAGAAAUCGCUAGAAAUAGCCAUAAACGAAGUGACCACCAAAAAGCCGCCCCUUGAAGUUAUUUUGCCAACAAAUAAGAAUAUAUCCAAGAAAGAAAAACUAAGGUCGAGGUCACCGAAGUGUAUAAGCAACGAUUCAUCAAGGGAUGGUUUUUGUUUGAGCAGCAGUAAUGAGGAUGAUGAGAAAGGCUUGGAAUCGGGGGAAGAUGGAAAAAUUAAGAAAAUUAAGGCAUUUACUUGCGAAGACUGUGGAAAAGGUUUUAGCCAAAUCAGGAACUACAAGUACCACAGAUCUAUUCAUGAAGGUACAAAAGAAUUCGCUGCGAAAUGUCCGGAAUGCGGUAAAGUAUUUAACGACAGGGGCUAUCUAAGCAGUCACAUGAAAAUUCAUCGUGAUCGGAAAGAGUACGCGUGUCCGCACUGCCCCAAGCGGUUUAAUCAACGGGUCGCUUACAAUAUGCAUCUAAGGAUUCACACAGGUGUAAAACCACAUGAAUGUCCAACAUGCGGCAAAAGCUUCUCCAGGAAAAUGCUACUAAAACAACAUCAACGAGUUCAUACAGGGGAAAGACCUUACUCAUGCCCAGAGUGUGGAAAAACUUUCGCAGAUAGAUCUAAUAUGAGUUUACAUGCCAGACUUCACACAGGUGUAAAACCAUACGCGUGUACUUUGUGCCCAAAAAGCUUCACGAAAAAACAUCACCUUAAAACCCACAUGAAUUUCCACACCGGUUUAAAACCCUACACGUGCCAAAAAUGCGGACUGGCAUUUUCUCAGAGCAGUAACAUGCGCACACACUAUAAAAAAUGCAUAUUGAAGAAUAACAAUCCUUCGCAAUCACAAGGAAAUCCCACGGAACAGUCUACAAUACCACAAACAUGAUAUUAGUAU